AUGGACAAUUCUGGCGAGUUCAUAAAGAGCACCUACGAUGAAAAUAAUAAUACUUACAGCAAACUAGACCAUAAAAACAAAAACAACAACAACAAUAACAACAACAACAACAAUAACAACAAUAAUAAUGGUAUUAAUGAUGAAGAUAAUAAUAAUAAUAACAUUAAUAAUAAUAUUAAUAGUAACAAUAACUACUCAAUUCAUGAUAAUACAACAAAGGAUGUUGUGUACAACUCGACGGACGUAACUACUGAAGCCAACAACAACAACAACAACAACAACAACGAUAAUAAUAAUAGUAAUAAUAACAACAAUAAUACUGAUUACAUUAUUUUUAACAACAACAACAACAACAACAAUGGCAAUGACACUAAUUACAUUAACGACAAUGAUAAAAACCUUACUAACAUCAACAACAACAACAUCAACAACAACAGCAACAGCGACAGCAAGAACAACAACAACAGCAACAACAACAUCACAAAGCCGAUGGCAGUGAUGUCGGCCUAUAGGGAACUGAUAAUGAAAAUUUUUCAAAGUACUGAAGAUGUUGAGCCUGUCAUACAGAAUGUCUCGCAAAUUAUCGAGAGUAUCACCAUUAUGAAUAACGAUUCUUGGAUGAAGUUUUUCUCAUCCUUCUCACCUUCCAUCAAUCUCUCAACACUAAUCGCUAUCGACGAUUACAAUUACUUUUUGAACGUAUCCAAACUAUGGAUGGAUACUGAUAACAAAACGAAGGAUGACUAUCUAGGAUGGCAGCUGAUGUUCCAGCUCUUCGUUCCAAUGCUCCAGGCCAAUCUCGACAUCCGGGAAACCUACGAUGAGUUAAUCAAACUUAGGAGAGGAAAGUAUAGAGAUUGCGUGGAGUUGACGAAGUUCCAUUUCGAAGAAGUUGUUGGUUCAGAAUACGUCAGGCACGGAGACGGCCGAAUUGAAAGAGCGAUUCAAGUGGUUAAAGAGAUGAUUUUAGAGAUUGUAGACAUCUACAAUCUGACCCUCGAUAAGAACAACUGGAUGGACAAUGAAACAAGAUGGCGGGCUCAGGAAAAGUUGAAUAACCUCCAGUUUGUCGUGGGAGCCAAUGAUUUCAUCCUGAAUGAGACUACAUUGAAUAAGCAUUUCCAACACGUACAUAUAUGGGAGAAUACUUCGCAUUUUGAGAACAUUCUGGAACUGAAGAGGAACCGGAGACGCGAGAAUCAAGAGACUUACGAGUUGAACUUGCAGGAGUCAUACAUAAACUAUGGUUCUUUGGGUACAACAAUAGCCCAUGAAAUCUUCCACGUGUUUGAUAUACAAGGCUCCGCCUACGAUUUUGAGGGCAAACAAAACAAUUGGUGGUCGGAAAAUACAUAUUCAGAAUUCAAAAAAGGAACUGACUGCUUGGAGAAUGUCUAUUCCGUGCUCUUUGUUGACGAUAUGCAGCAACAACAGCAGCAGCAACAACAACGACAUAAACAACGCUGUCGCCGCUACCAGUAG